AGAGUCUAAGUGGUGAGGAGUGGAACUGCCAUCCGGUUGUACACCUGUCACCAUGGUUGACACGCGUAGUGGUUUGAGCACCACCCCAUAUACAAAAGAACAGGAAGAGAGUGUUGUCGCCAUACUGAAAGAAAGGAAGGAGAAGAAGGAGGCCAAGAAGAAGGCCAUGUUGGAAGCACAAGCGCCGAAGAAGAAGAGGCUUGAGAAAGAGAUGGAGAGGGUGAAAAGAGAAGAGGAGGAGCAGCUUGAAGAAGUAGAAGAAGAAGAAGAGGAAGAAGAGGAGACACCCCUAUUGAGGACUGGGAGGAGAGAAGAAAAAGGGGAAUCCAGUGGGACCAAGAUAAAGAUCUUGGAAGACCCGUUAGAGCAGCAGGUCUUGGAGGAGGAGAAGAGAAUGGAGUGGAAAUUGCGAUUGAGGAGGCAGAGAAGGAGGCGCAUAGCAGCGACUACUGAAUUGGAGAAGGAAUUAGUUGUCGCAGCAGAACAACAUACGCAGGCGCUGGCAAAGGAGGAUGUGCAGAGUAAGUUGGAUGCAAUCGCAAAGAGUAUAGAUGUAUUGAUUCGCGCCCAACAGGAACAGAUCCAUACUACCAGGGGCCAUGACAUAGCUUUACAGUCCAUCCGAGUAGGCUUUAGAGAUUUUGCCCACGGUAUAAUGAUGUGGAUGGGCACCGUGAUGCAAGCCCGUAUGAAGAGCAAAGAGCAAUUCUGUGUUGGCGCCAUAGAGGGCGCCAAGCUCGCAGCUCCAGAGGAGGAGGAGGCACGCCCGCGUAGAGAACGAGUCAAAGUCAAGUUUCCUGACGCCUACAGCGGGAAACAAGGAGAAAAUUUUGAUAAUCGGGAAGCAAAUAUUAACUCCUACGUGCACCUCCGGGACAUUAUUCCUGAGGAGCAAGUCCUCGUUGCAUUCCACGCCCUUAGGGACGAAGCGUCCAGCUUCGCCAGGUCGUUAGUCCGCGCUGCCAAAUGUGACAAUGACAUGGUGGCGUACUUUACCAUCACUCCCUUCAGUGAAUUCCUAAAGUUAAUUCGCGAACGUUUCGCGGAUGUAACUAAAGGAAUUAAGGCAUCUGACAAGCUCCAGACCAUCCACGCACGAUGGCGGAAGAGUGCAAGGGCACUCAAGGGGACUAUGGAUGAGCUUGUCGCAGUUCCCAAUCACGGGGUCAUUGAGCCACAGUUGGUUCAGUUAUUUUAUCGUGCGAUGCCCGAGAGUUUGCACGGGCACUUCUACGACAAGUCGCGAGAACAAGGGAUGACUUAUGAUAGGUUGAGUCGCGACGUUGUGGCAUAUGAGGUCCGGUCCACGCCAGUGAAGGCCUUUUGGCAUAGAGAUUUUGAGAAGGGUAAGAAGUGGAAGGGCCAUACCAUUUCAGGGCAGGUUAAAGGGAAGGAUAGCCUGAUCCUGACUUUGGAUGAGGGGGGAAUGGAGGAGGUCUCGUAUAGUGAGAUAGAGUGGGGCCUCGAAGAGGAAGACAGGAGUGUAGGUCAGGGGAGUUCCUAUGCGGCUGUCGCGGCUGGAGGGAGGCCGCAAGGAAGAGGAGGAGGUCGGGGCCAAGGGGGUCGGGCCUCAAGUGGUCGAGGAUAGGACAAUCAGGGGGUUGGCGGCAGGGGAAAACGCCAAGAGGUAGGUAGGGGUCAAGGUCCCCCGCAAAACCGUCCACG